UCUGUGCCUGGCUGCAAUUAGAAUGCUGAUGAUGGACGUCCCCAGUCCUACUACCCAAGGAGAGUCUGUUGAGCUAAUCUGCAGCUAUGAACUGGACGAGGACAAGCUCUAUUCUGUCAAAUGGUACAAAGAUGACAUAGAGUUCUACAGAUAUGUUCCGAACGACUGGCCACCGGGACAAUUCUUACCGUUGCAAGGAGUGCGGGUAGAUCUAUCUAAAUCAGGUAGUCAGUCCGUCUACUUACGUCACGUAGAUCUCAACAGUGCAGGAACAUACCGUUGUGAAGUCUCGGCUGAAGCUCCAGAAUUUCAGACAGUAGCAGCUGAAAAGAAAAUGACAGUUUUUGUGCUACCAACAGAAGGUCCCAAAAUCACUGGUGGUCUUUCUAAGUAUAGAGUGGGUGACACAGUUUCUGUAAACUGCACUUCUGCAAAAUCGAAGCCAGCAGCCACACUUAGAUGGUAUAUCAAUGAUGAAUUAGCAAAGCCAGAAUAUGAGAUGGAGCAUUCCACAAUUUUACAUGCAGAUAGUCUUGAGAUUUCGAGUCUGAGCCUGAAAUUCAUCGUUACAGAGCAACACUUCCGAAGUGGGAACAUGAAACUCAAGUGUACAGCCACAAUAUCUAGAGUCUACACUAUGAGCAAUGAAGAACUCGUGUUUGGAACAGGACUCAGACAGCAGACAUCGGGUUUGCACAUUACGGAGAACAUGAGCCACGUACAGAAUUUUGCAACAAGAGCAGAAGUAACAACAAGAUGGACAAUUUAUCUGAUCCUAUGUUUCUUCUUUGCAUAUGACAAUAUUGUGAAUGGAAUCCAAAGAAGCCUCGUAGAUCCUUUUGGAUGACGACUACAGUAACCAAGAUAUUCUUUAUGGAUUGUUUUAUUAUUUUUACAAGCUGUUGCGUAAUUUACGAACUCGUCUUAAAAAUGUGAAAGAUGAUCGUGCCUAAAAAAACCUGCACCAAAAGUAAACAAUUAUAGAAAUUUUAUACACUUUAUUAAUGGAACUCAGUAUAAAAUCUCGUUACAUGUGACGUUUCAAAUAUCAUUUGAGGGAACUUUUUUUAUUUUUUGCUUCCUUAUGAAGUUAAAAACAUUUGCUUUUGGAAGAGUCAUUAGAAUAACAGAAGAGUAAAAGAUAAAUAUAAUUUAUACACACACACACACACACACACACACAAAAAAAAAAAAAAAAAAAAAAAAAAAAA